CUUGCAGGCUGCGAGCUGACUGCCAGUACCAAAUCCUACACGUUCCAGGUGGAUGAGGAAGAUGACUCUGACCAUAUUUUGGCCCUGUCUGUGGUCUGCCUCACGGAUGGUGCCAAGGAUGAGUGCAACGUGGUAGAGGUUGUAGGACGAAACCACGAGAACCAGGAGAUUGCUGUGCCUGUGGCAAAUCUGAAGUUGUCAUGCCAGCCCUUGCUGAGCCUGGACAACUUCAAGCUGCAGCCUCCAGUGACCUUCCGCCUGGCAGCGGGCUCUGGCCCAGUACACCUCGCUGGCUGGCACCAGAUUUUGCACAGGGAAGAUGCUUCCUUUGAGGAGGAUGACGACUUGUCUGAGGAGGAGGAGGAGGAGCUUGCUCCUAUCAUGCCGGCCAAGAAGUAGAGGAGGAAGUAGUAGCUUAUUCUCCGAGCAAGGUACUCACUGGUACUUCUUGCCCUGGACGGCUUUUACCUCGGACACCUCUUGCUAGGACCUCAAUGUUUGCUGCUUUGGUUUUAUUUUUAUUUUUUUAUCUGUUGUAACUUUUUGGGGAGCAGAGGCUGCUCCCAGCACUGGGAUGUUUCCUUUCUCACAGCCCUAGGAAGCUGAUCCCAAAACUGGAUGGAUGCUGCUGGUACAUCCCCUCUCCCCCAACCCUGUGCUGGGAGUCGGGGAUGGAGGAGAUGAUCCUUUCCCUGUGCCUUUUUGCUGUCCUGGACCUCUGCUCUGUGCACCCCCCUCUCCCUGGCUCUGAAUACCCAGUCCAGUAGAUGGACAUAAAGCCAGUGGUGGGACAGGCAGUUUCACUGAUUCUAGUGUGUUUGCUUUGCUUUACUCACAAUUUGAUGGGGUUUAUACA